AUGUCGCCAAAAGAGAAAAAAGGAAUCAGAAUACGGCACACUCUUGUAUUUUGCAAUCAUGUUUCUGCACUGGCAAUACAAGAUCUACCUUCGAAUGACGGAAAUCGUACAUUGACACGUAUAUCGAUCAAAAGGACAUAUCCAUUGAAUGAUACCGAGCUACAAAAGCUCAGUCAAACAGACAGGCAAUUACUCGAUAAAGAUGAUUAUGGAGUGUUGGCUUUUAGGAGUGCAUAUACUACAGAUGCAAAUGCUAAACGAAUGAUUAUCAUGUUGCAUGGCUUUGGAAGAGAUGCAUGGCAAUAUCAAGAUACAGCCAAUGAUGCAUUGUAUGAGGCCAUUGGCUUGACUGGUUCGCCGGAUCAAAAUGAUAUAAAGAAACUUAAAUUGGAUGAAACGUUGAUUGUUUCACCGCAAUUUAUCAAUGAAGAAGAUAUGGAACUAUACUACCAAACAAAUGAUCUCCAAUUCGAUGAUGUUGCAAAUUUGACAACUUAUGAUUCACCUUCGAUAGAAACAACUCUCGUUUGGCAAAAUACAUCUUGGGCAGAAGGAGCUGAUUCCAUUCUUCCGACCAAUAUAACUUCUCCACCUGAUCAAGAAGGUAAUUCACGUUUGAUAAAAGCACCUUCAAUGUCUUCGUUUGAAGUUAUGGAUGCAAUGAUAGAUCAAGCAACAGACAAAACUCGUUUUCCAAAAUUGGAAACUGUAAUCGUUGCAGGUCAUAGUUUGGGUGCACAAUUCGUUCAAAGAUAUGCUUUGAUUGGCGCUAUACCGUCAAAACAGAUACCCGUACAUUUUUUCAUCGCCAAUCCUGGAAGUUAUGUUUACUUGACCGACGAAAGGCCAAGAUCAACAAAGAAAUGCUCUGACACCUAUAAUGAAUGGAAAUUCGGUUUAGGCGUUUUUGGCAUUCGUUAUUUAUAUGAUAUGGUAAUCACCAGUCUUGACACAUUGAAUGAUAUCACUGAUGUUCGGGUACGAUAUCUUCGUGAUAGACAGGUGCAUUACCUAUACGGCUUGAAUGAUACCGGUACCAAUGGUGAUCGUAGAUGUCAAGCAAUGUCCCAGGGUCGAAAUCAUUUGGAACGAGGUAGAAAUUACCUCAAACACAUAAAUCAAACAUCCUUGGCGCUGCAUCUAGAUCAUGCCCAUACGGUAGACUUCGUACCCGGUAUAGCCCACGAUGCAAGAGGAAUGUUUUAUUCACCUGCCGGCAUUCGUCGUUUAUUCUUGUCCAAUAUUGACGGCACAGAAAGUGCUCGAGGGGUAGGGUGA